AUGGAAAAUACAACGAUAGAUAUAGAUGAGGAUAUCAAUCAAACCACAGUCGAUUAUUUUAUAACGCAAUUUCCAAAUUCUACGUUCUGUCCAUCCUUGCAAGCCAUUUUAAAUAUUCUUCAUGUAAUCAUUAGUGGUUUAACUAUUUUUAUCAAUUUGAGCAUAUUUUUAAUCAUCAUCUGUCGCAAAAGACUGCGUAAAUGGAAUAAUUUUUACCUAUGCGGUAUGUUUUUAGCAGCUACUGGAACAGCUACUGCCAACAUUAUCCAUAAGGUACUAUUUAAAAUGGAUCUAAUUUUAGUUUUUCAACAAGGAUUUAUUGCUGUCUUUAACUAUUUGAUUGCUGUCGUAACAUUUAAUCGAUUUUUGCGCGUUUGUGAGCCUAUACGUUAUAAAAGUAUCAUGACUAAAACAGUUAUUGCCAGCGCUACAUUAUCUUGUUAUCUAUUUUGCUUUAUCAUUCCAAUUGUUGAUUUUAUUUUAAGACAUUUCUUACAAAACCCAAUGGAUGCUCUAUUAGUUCGGAUGUUAAAUUGGCUCUUGGUAUGCCAUAUUUACAUUCUACCAUGUGCUUGCACUAUUUUCCUCUAUAUUCGUAUCGUUAUGAUUGUAUUCUCUCGUGCCCAGUUUUUAAAUCAAAUUUCGCUAUAUCAUGCCACGCGAUGCAAAACUAAUAUGAAAUCAUUUCAACAAUUAGCAUUAAUUGUGACUCUGUACAUUUUAUGUUGGUUGCCCUACUGCAUAUGCUAUCUGGUAUUGUCACGCUCUCCCAGUCAAAUUGCCGAGACAACAUCGAUUAUUAAUAUUCUCGUCUUGCUAAUAUUUUUCCAUCAAGCCAUCAAUCCGAUCUUGUAUGUUGCUCUAACAACAACGAUUAAAGAUGAAGUGAUUGACAUUGCCUAUAAUCCACAUGGUAGAUAUCCACGGUCUCGAAGUAAUCGUAAAACAUUCACAUCGAGUGGUAAAGGCGAAACAGUUAGCACAACUACUAAUUGUGAAGCCCAUCCACAUCGUAUUCAUGAUAUCCGUGAGCAGCAAUCUCUAAAUCAAGCCUUGAGGGCGAUUUUUUAUUAUAAUAAUCGAAAGUCAAGACAGAGAACUCCCGCUAAAUCGUCAUUUGAGUAA